CUCGAUCACGUGACCCCCCCCUCCGUGUCCUUGCUGUGUUUGACACGUGAGCGGUCAGCCACAGAAAAACAUGUCUUUCCCCAAAAAACCUGGAGGUAAAGCCCUGGAUGUGUUACAGAGUCUGCCGCGGAUCACUUUAGCCAACCUGCGGCCUGAACCCGGAGCCAAACAGCUGGAGAGGAGGAGGGGCAGAGGACAGCAUGGGGGCAACAGAAGCGGCCGAGGGCAUAAAGGAGAGCGGCAGAGAGGCACCCGGCCUCGGCUGGGGUUUGAGGGGGGUCAGACUCCCUUUUACCUCGCCAUUCCGAAAUACGGCUACAAUGAAGGACACAGCCGCCGUCCUCAGUACCAGCCUCUGUCGUUGAAACGGCUGCAAUACCUGAUUGAUCUGGGUCGAGUGGACACGACCCAGCCCAUAGACCUGACCCAGCUGGUCAAUGCCAGAGGAGUGACAGUCCAGCCUCUGAAGAGGGACUUUGGAGUCCAGCUCAUUGACGAGGGUGCAGAUAUCUUUGCAGCAAAAAUCAACAUUGAGGUUCAGAGAGCCUCUGAAGGAGCUAUAGCUGCUAUUGAGAGGAACGGAGGGGUCAUCACUACCAGUUUCUAUGAUCCUAUAAGUCUCGGGAUUCUCAUCAAGCCUGUCCCAUUCUUCUUGCGUGGGCAGCCUAUCCCGAAGCGAAUGCUACCAGGGGAGGAUAUGGUCCUGUAUUACCAAGAUGCUGAAAAACGGGGUUACUUGGCAAACCUGGAGAAGAUCCAGCAGGCCCGGCUAGCCCUGGCACAGAAGUAUGGAUAUAUUUUGCCAGACAUUUCAAAGGACGAACUGUAUCACAUGCUCUCCAUGAGGAAGGAUGUUCGACAGAUCUUCUUUGGCCUCUCUCCAGGCUGGGUCGUUAACAUGCCGGAGAAGAAGAUUUUGAAACCCACUGAUGAGAAACUGCUGAAAUAUUACAGUUCAUAGGUGUGAGGCAAAGUAAAAUCAAUGCUUAUGUAUGCCAAAAGUACCUCGAAAUGUGUGUAAAAAAUUAAAAAAAGAAAGGCUUGACAUGUUUCCAUUUGAUAUUAAAACUGAAUUAAGAAUGAUUAAA